CAGGUGUUCCAAUCCCCUCCAUAUCAUGUGAUUCAGGUGUUCCAAUCCCCUCCAUAUCAUGUGAUUCAGGUGUUCAGAUCCCCUCCAUAUCAUGUGAUUCAGGUGUUCCAAUCCCUUCCCAAUCAUGUGAUUCAGGUGUUCCAAUCCCCUCCCAAUCAUGUGAUUCAGGUGUUCCAAUCCCCUCCCAAUCAUGUGAUUCAGGUGUUCCAAUCCCCUCCAUAUCAUGUGAUUCAGGCGUUCCAAUCCCCUCCAUAUCAUAGUCAAUAGCUAAAGACCUCCAAACUUGGUGUGGCCUUCAGAUGAGCCCAACAACAGUGUGUAGAGAGCUUCAUGGAAUGGGUUUCCAUGGC